CGGCGGUGAUUGGCCAGCGGGAGGGAGAGGGCGGAGACCGGCGGGCUGGCGGCCCGGCGCGCUCCGAGCGUUUCCCGCCGUCGCCGUGUUGCCGUGGCGACGCCGCGCAGCCCGGAGCUGUCAUGGCGGAGCCCAGCGCGGCGGAGCAGCGGUGGCUGCAGGCGGCUCGGGACUUUGCCCUUCGAGCGCUCCCAGCCCGCCCGGAGCCUGGCGGGACGCCACUGGACGCGGUGCUGAGGUGCGUGAGGAGCGCGGGCGGCGGGGACCUGCCGCUGGGCUACAGUUUCAUCUCCAUCUCUGACCUAAAGCAUCAACAGCAUACUCCAUGCUGCAGCCACCUGACCUGGAGCACUAACAAAUUUAAAGAAUGGGCUCACCAAGGGCGAGGUGCUUUACCCAUGCACAGCUCUUUGCCAAGGGCUUACCUGAUCUUGGUUGGCUAUUUAACCGAUGGAAGGCAAGAGGACAAAGAUGGUUGCCUCUAUGUGAAAGACAAUACUGGGAUAAUUCCAUGUGAGCUGCUGCAUUUUGAACUGGAGUGGCUGGAGUCACUGUUCCUUUUCCCAAACUGGGUGUAUAUACCACAGACCGACCGUGGUGCAGCAGGGUACGUAGAAAUCCUGGUGGAUCCAGUGCCAGUAAAUUGCCUCCCAAAGGAAGUGUCUGAGACCAUUCCAGUCAUCUACCCACCGUUGGCUGAGCCACUCCUUGUCUCCAGGAUUCCUUGUAAGAAAAGAUCAAAGCUUAAUGUGGCAGGUGAAUUGUCCAGACUCAGCCCACUCCUUUGUAUUCACCAGAAGACAUUCUUCUUUCUAUUUCUGAAAUGCUUCACCUCAGCUGUUUGGGUCCCUGUCCUGGUGAAGUGACUCCUCAGAGCUGAGCAUUGAAGAGUGGCCAGGAUCAAUCAAAGAGUCCAAGAUCAUCUCAUAUGUGGGAACUGUCACCAAAAUACUCAAUGCCCAAGCUGGUCUCUAUGAGCUCGAUAGCAAAGUCUGUUUGUGCCUUGCUUACCAGCAGUUGCUGAACUCUGCACGCGGAAUCCAACCAGGAGCAUGUGUGGAGCUCAUCGAUGUCCACCUCCUACAGAAGCCUCUGGCAUCCUCUCCUUUCAUUGUACUUGGUGCCUGCUUGCACAGCACUGUCAUGCUGAGGAGUUUUUCAAGGCUCAGCACUCCUUACCAGCCACCAGUCACCUCAAGAAAUCUCUACUUACAGCUGCUCUUCCGCUAUAAUCUUGGUAUGCCGCUGUACCUCUGGCUGGUAAGCCUUCUGGAGACAUUUGAGGAGAGGUGUUGCUCUAAUGAAGAACUUACGUACAUUUUUCAAGUGCGCGUGCAGUAUGCCCACUGCUUUCCACCUCAGCUGUGGAGCCACACCAGAGAGGCCGAGAGUCUGCCGGAGCUAGAGGAGGCCAGCCAUGGUGGAGGAGAGGGCAUGACACAGCAAGAGGCACUACUGCUUUUUAUGGGGAAGUCAUUGCAAUGGUUUCCGUUUCUGCACCUGGACGGUUUGUAUCGCUUCAUUGUGCCCUGCUGCUCGGACUUGGAAGUAUUUGAGAAGCUCAGUUUUCCACCUGUGCCAGCAGAGUUCCUGGGCAGGCCAUCCUGCCCCUUAUGCCUGCCUGUCCAAGAUAACUGGCACUUACUUCAUGAGACAUGGGUCUCCUUCCCAGCUGAGCGCCAGCUGGCAGCCAGGGCAGUGCUGACAGGCAUGGACCAGAGAAUUUCCUCCAUUCCAGAAAUACUUAGCAACAGGUUUGUUGGUCUGCCCUAUACUUGAUGUGACUGCCUUAGGGAAUGAGGCAGUGUUGAUCGUUAUUGGAGACAGUACAACAUGAAUAGAUGGAAGAAUUAACAAACAAUGGAUUUGCUGCUCUAGGGAUAUUGUUUGGAAACAUUUCUGGGUUCAAAUAGCCCAGACUGUGAACCUAUCUUGUUUAUCAAAGCUUAAAGGGAUUGCAGGUUACGAAGCUGCAAAAUGGUGACCAGAAAAAGUUUGAGCUAACCGCUGGUGUGGAGCAGGUGCCAAAAAACUAUGCUAAAUUCUUGUCAGAAGUAGAAACAGGUGGAGCAGGGAAAACGAGGGUAAAUGUGUGAAGUUUGGGGGGUUUUGUUUUUCUGUUUGUUUAGUUUGCUUAAAUAAAUAAUGGGGUAAGAAGCUUUUCUUUUCAAAGCAUGUUUAAUCUGGGGUGAUACACAGAAGCACUGAAAUAUUCACCAGUGCCUUAUGGUAAGCUGAGAUUUCCCUUGCUUGGCUUCUUCCUCUAAGAAAAAUAAUGGAGUUAAGCAGAAGGGUGAGGUAGGAUGUCUCUCUCCUUUUCAAUUCUCCCAUGCCUGGAGAAGCAGAAGUGAUUUCAGAGACCUCUUGUUCUUGGGUAGGGUAGACUGAGCAAGCUGCCCUGA